AUGACUAUGCACACUAGAGAAAUGGACCAAAAUCAACAAUUACAACGUCAGCAACUCGUGGAAGUCGACAUCACAAAAGAUCUCGAUGUCGAGAAAUUAUCAGAAACACAUUACAGAGGAAUUAAGCCUCUUUCUAAACCACACCCAACCCGACGUGGAGUAUAUGGUGGAGCACUCUGUGCUCAAGCUGUUCUAGUAGCUAUUAGAUCUUCGCCAGAAGGGUUUAUGCCGAAUGCCAUGCACACUUUCUUUACGCGUGCUGCAAGUGAAGACUCCGUGAUUGAUUGGAAAGUUGAGAAAAUAUCUGAUGGGAGAUCAUUUGCCAAUAGAAGUAUUAGUGCAAUACAGAAUGGGAAAGUUGUAUUCACUGCAAAUAUAUCAUUGACAACAAAAAAUACGACGAAACUGGGCCCUGGGCCUAAACCGUUUACGUAUCAAACUACACCCGAACCAGAGUUGGCUGACCCAAGUUUAACAGAAAUGGACAAUUUGGGUAAUCCAAAUCUUCACAUGGGUGUCAAAUACCCUCUCAUCCCACAAUCUGAGAAUGUUUUCCCAUACUUUAUCAAGUAUGGUAUCGAUGGAUUAGAGAAAGUUAAGCCCAUGACACUAGAGUAUAAGUAUGCCGCAUUUACAUGGAUUACAGAUUGGAUGGAUAUAGAGAGGGUUUUGGACAUUAUGGGACACCAAAUCAAAGGAACUUUUAACGUUUCAUUAGACCACUCAGUAUAUUUCCAUGACGAUGAUAUUGACCCUACACAUUGGACUGCGGUCUCGUUCAAGACUACUAGAUUGAGCCAUGAUCGUGCCCUCUUGGUUUGUGAAUUAUACAAUGAUAAGAAUGUCCAGGUGGCUACGGUUGUUCAAGAGAGAUUGUUUAAGGGAAACUUGGUUGGUGCUAAAUUAUAA